AUGGCGCGGUUCCCCAAGCUUGCAGUCUUUGAUCUGGAUUACACGCUCUGGCCUUUCUGGGUCGACACGCACGUAGAUCCCCCGUUCCACAGGAGUAGUGAUGGAACUGUGCUAGAUAGCCGGGGUCGGACUAUCAGACUGUACCCAGAUGUUCCCGAGAUCCUGGAACGACUGCAGGGCCUGGGGGUGCCCGUCGCGGCAGCUUCCCGAACAGGUGAGAUUAAAGGGGCCAACCAGCUGUUGGAGCUCUUUGGCCUACUCAGAUACUUCGUUCAUCUGGAAAUCUAUCCAGGCAGUAAGGUCACCCACUUUCAGAGAUUGCAGCAGAAGACUGGAGUUCCUUUCUCUCAGAUGAUCUUCUUUGAUGAUGAGAAGCGGAAUAUUGUGGACGUGGGCAAAUUGGGUACUGAGUGA